AUGAAGGCAGAUUUUGCCACCAACGGCAACAUCGCACUUUUAAAACUUUUAAAUAACACUUGUUUCUCAACGGUUUUCAUCAUUCGACGCUCUUCUCUGUGCAAGCUGCUCCAAGCUGUUUUUAGUUUUGUCAAUAAUACGAGUUCCUCGAUCUGCUUUUAUCCUCGUAUCGACACUUAUCACCCGAGUUUGUUUUUACGUCUUGAACUUUUGAUUAUUAUUUUAACUGUUCAAAAUGCCCCGCCUAAAGUUGGAUGCUGCCCCUUCAAACAUGAUGCUGGAGAAUCGCAACAACCCACUUAAGGCCAAGUCCACUACGGUUGGGUUUGUGGUUCAGAAAGCACCAGGCCCUAGUCUGCGACCCAGAGCUGCUCUCGGUGAUUUAACAAAGGCCACAGUCAACAAUCAAGUCAAGAAUGAGCAGCCAGAUGAAAAAAUUAAGAAGCCUGCCAUGGGUAUUGCUCCCAGAAAGCCUCUCCAGAGCACUAAUGUCACUAAGAAAGUUGUUCCAGCUGCAGCCCCCAAAGCUGUGGUGUGCACAAACAAGGCUGAACCUGAAGCUUACUCCAGUAAGCAGCUUCCCAUUGAAGAUAUUGAUCUUGAUAGGGAUAACCCUCAGUUGGUUUCUUAUUAUGCCAAAGAUAUCUACUCUUACUUACGUCAAUUAGAGAAAUCGUACAUGAUUGGAGCUCACUACAUGGAUUUUGGAUACAUUAUCCGGCCAACUAUGCGUACUAUCUUGGUUGACUGGCUUGUUGACGUCCACGGUCGCUUCAAGAUGCUUCAAGAAACUUUGUACCUGAGCGUUUCUGUGAUGGAUUCUUUCCUUCAGGCUGAUUCCACAGUUAACCGCAAGGAGUUGCAGCUUGUUGGCCUGACAGCCAUGCUGAUUGCGGCCAAGUUUGAAGAGACAUGGGCUCCCGAGAUCAAUGAUUUCGUGUACAUGUCUGAUAAAGCGUACACUGCAAAGGAUGUGCUUGCUAUGGAGUGUCGAAUGUUGCAAAAGUUGGACUUCCGGUUGGGUCGUCCUCUACCUCUUCACUUCUUGCGCCGCAAUACUCAAGCUGCCUCACAAAUUCUCGAUCAGGUCGAUGUUUUACACCACACGCUUUCGAAGUAUCUUAUGGAACUUACACUUCCCGAGUAUAGUUUCUGCCAUUACUUGCCCUCAGAGCUUGCUGCCGCUGCUCUUUGUCUUUCUCUCCGUAUUUUGGAUGAGAAUGACACGGACGGCAGCAAAUUGUGGAACCACUCCAUGGUAUACUAUUCUGGGUACACCUAUGAGAGUUUGGAACCCCUUAUGGAGAAACUAUGUGGCCUUGUUGCUUCUGCUGACGUCAGUAAAUUCCAGGCUGUUCGGAAGAAGUAUGCUUGCUCCAAACUGUACAACAUCAGCACUGUCCCUCAUCUGAAGUCGCCGUUAGUCACAGUACUUGCCAAAAGAUCAGCAGCAAUCAAAAAUUGAAGGAUGGCUUUAGUUCAUUGAAAUUUUUUUCCUUAAAAUUAUUGUUUUCGCCUUAUGGUCGGUUUUACCGACCGGUUUUAUUAUGUUCACAUUUACGAUAAAAAUUUGCGUGUUACGGGUAGGUAACGUAGAACUGUUUGAAAAGGUUGUCAUUUAUAAUUGCCAAAAUAAACGACUCGAGUCUCUUCUUCUAAA